AUGUCACGCCUGAAGCAGCCUCCCACGAUCCUGAAGCAGUCUGUGAAAGAUUACAUCGUUGACCCUCGGGACAAUAUCAUCAUCGAGUGUGAGGCCAAAGGCAACCCCCAACCCACUUUUUCCUGGCGGCGGAACGGGAAGUUCUUCAACAUUGCCAAAGACCCCAGAGUGAGCGUCCGGAAGCGUUCUGGGACCCUGGAGAUCAGCUUCAGGAGCGGGGACCGACCCGAGGACUACGAGGGAGAGUACCAGUGCUUUGCAUCCAACGACCUGGGGGUGGCGCUGUCCCACAAGAUCCUGCUGCGUGUAUCCAAGGCGCCGCUGUGGCCAAAGGAGCAGGUGAAGUCAGUGGUGGUGCAUGAGGGGGCCCCCCUGGUCCUGCCCUGUAACCCUCCCCCCGGCCUGCCCCCCCCCACCACCUUCUGGAUGAGCAGCGGUGAGUGUGGAGCCUAA